UCUUAAUAUGACGUCACAAGUUCGAAAUCCAUCAACAACACGUAUUUAUCAGGAGGACUUGAUUAAGACAGGAUGAAGCAGCAGAAAUCGUUGAAAGGUUUAACAAUUGUAUCACUGAUUCUACUUACUCUCGUGUUCCAAGUUUCCGCCGAAUCGACAAUACCAUCCAUAGGAGUCAUCGCCAACGCGACGGUGGAUGAGGGAGAUGAUGUUUACUUAGACUGUCCCAUAACCAACAAAACCGCCGCUUCCAAGGUCCAAUGGUUUAGGGUGCUGCCAGGCUACCUUCAUAUCAGCAACGACGGAUCUCUCGUGACCAAGAACACGGAGAAGUAUGGCGUAAGGGCCACAACUACCACUUCGGUCAAGCAACAGGAAUUGAACACGGUGACCCUGAUUAUUAAGCACGCGAGCAAUGCAGACGUUGGCAGGUACAGGUGUCGUGUGCUCAUCUCCCAGGUGUCCUACCCACGUUGGCCAUCUAAGGAUGCAUUUGUCAGUAUUGCAGCGCCACCUAUGAUUCUGUCUGUGAGUAACACCAAAAUGGUGUCCGCCGUUGGCGAAGACGUCACGUUAACCUGUAGAGGUUACGGAGCACCCGAGCCCACCAUCACGUGGUACAAAGGUGACGCGGGAACCAACAUAAUGGGACACGGCGAGGUGUUACACUUGGAGAACCUGCGGGCCGGGGAUGGCGGUGAGUACAGGUGCGAAGUUGAUAAUGGCGUACCCCCUAAAGCCAUGGAAACCUAUCACAUAACAAUCGAACAAGAACCAAUGUGUUCCGCCCCGCAACUUCACGUGAUGCAGGCUAAAAACAUAUUCCAGCCCGCCCUGAUGACUUGCCAUGUUACAGGGUACCCUGUUCCAAAAGUAUCAUGGAAGAGAUAUACCAUACAUGGAAUUCAAACGAUUUUCACUUCAAAGUAUGACAUUCAUAACAUAAUGCCAAAGGACAAUUCUGGAGUGAUAACGUCAGUUCUCAAGGUGUACAACGUCACAAGUUCCGACUACGGCACAUACAUCUGUGAAGGGACUAAUGAUAUUGACAAGUGUACGUCAGAAGUUAGAUUACUAGAGAGCCGACUUUGUGUAGGGCCUCGUUGCGACAGCCAAGCUGACCCCAGUGACAGCAGUUCUGACCACCCUCGAACUGUGACGACACCAUCACCUUCUGAUGACGAUGAUGACGAAACCCAACAUGGACAAAAAGCACCCCAUAAAGAUAACGGCGGCAUUGUCAUGGUUCCUUCAGUGUUAACCACUAGUGUCUUGUUGCUAUUUGUUUUCUUCGUUACCAAGUAGAUUUAAAUGUCAGAUUUAAUCUUAUCAGCAAUACAAUACCUAACAGUCUAUCAAAUUUAUUUCAAUAUCAAUUUUUGAGAUUGUGAACCAAAUAUCUAGGCAAUUUUCACAAUCAUAAAACUCCAUCCUCAGGAUUUUCUUAUUGGUACAAAACCCUCGGUUUCUCGGUGCCUCGCGAUCGGGUUUCAUCCAAUUUGAAAACCCUUUCAGUGAUAUUUCCUUAUCCUUCACACCGGGCAUAAAGGUGUUUUAUAAUCAAUAACCUGAGAAGGAUUCGAACCACGGGUCAUUGGUCCUGAAUGUUCGAAAAUGAAAGAAGACAAAACGACAAACAGUAGCAACCCUUCACUACAAACAUGGUGUCGUUUAUCUACAAACUUGUGUAUGUCGGUCUAAAUAAGCUUGUACGUUACACUUCAUUUGUGUUGUACUUUUAUUGACCAUGAAAAUAAAAAAUGUGAUAUACAGUGUUAAACGUAUCUGUAUCAUAAUGUGAUGUAAUAUAAUAACAUGAUACAAUGUAUAUAUGUUCCAUAACGUCCAGUAUCAUCAAGUUUCAAUUCAUUAAAAAGAACAUCAUUA